AUGUGGAAUAAAUGCAUAGGGCCACGUGUCACUCUCGGAAAGAAACUUUCGUUUUAUUAUUCAUUUCUUUCUAACAUAAUUUUGUUCUUCUUCUCUCGCGAAAAAGAAAAGCGAAGAGAUUUUGUUCUUCUUGUCUCGCUCUGCAAGAGAAGAAACUUGGAAGAUUUGAUAUUUGUCUCUAUCAGCCAUGGAAGAGAACUAGAGAAGAAACCAGAAUCUGCGACUAAGAACGCUAAGAAGGUUAACCUGUUAGACCACAACGCUAUCAAACACCUCCUCGAUGAAUCCGUCUCCGAGAUCGUUACGACCGGAGGGUACAAGGAGGAUGUGAGAUUGAGCAACGUCAAGUUUCUCUUAGGAGGGAUUAUAAUCGUGGUUGCUCUCGUUGCUCAAUUCUACAACAAGAAGUUUCCUCAGAACAGAGACUUUUUGAUCUGCUGCAUCGGAUUGUAUGUGGUGUUGACUGCGGUAAUGCAGCUGAUUCUGUACAUUAAGGAGAAGAAUGCUAUACUGUUCACCUAUCCUCUUGAGGUUCUGUUUGGCUGCGAAUGUGAUUGGUUUUGUCUACACAGGUUUUAUGAUAUGUGAUCUUGUAUACCUACUAUCUACUAGCAUCCGGAGAUCACAAACGAGUCAACCGAAGCUUCCAAGUAACCAUCAGGAGAUAGAGAGGUCAAGGGGAGUGGGAAGCUGCUGCUGACAUAAUGGAAGGGAACGAAUCAUGUGACAUAAUAGCAGUAUAAAGAAGAGUCACUUCUAAUAUGAGUGUGAAGCUUUGCAAACACUAGUAGUCAGCAUAAGUUGUAUAUGUUAUAAUUGUUACUAUUAGUAGAUUAAUAAACAUGAUCACUAUGAAUCAGUACUGGAAUAGAGUUGAAAACAGAGGAUGUGGUAAGAUA